AUGCAAAUCAAAGAUAAAAUCGUAAUUAUAACUGGCGGUGCGAACGGUAUUGGUGCUGCUUUAGCUCGACGACUAUUUCUAGAAGGUGCUCAAGUAGUUAUUGGUGACAUUGACAAAAAAUCUGGACAAGAGCUCGUAGCUGAAUUUAAUCAAAA